GCCAGUGCCGCGGUUCUCCUCGUCGCCGCUGCCGCCGCCUCUCGGGCUGUUAUUGCAGGCAAGAGAGAGAGAGAGAGAGGGAAAAGGGAGAGGGGAGGGGCCUUGGCUCCGCUUGCCUCGAUCUCCCAUUGCCUGCUUUUGCCUAUAGGAGCCCCUUCUCUCUCUCUCUCUCUCUCGCCACCUCCUUCCUUUCCCUUCCCUCUCCCUCCAUGCACAAGCAGCCUGCUACCAGCCAAGGGAGGCACAGCAGCAGGGACUUCCCAGCCAGGAACCCACCAAAGGGGAGAAACGGAGAAGAUCCGAAGCCAGCAGAAGCAGCCGGGUGCUGAUCCGGCUCAAGCCAUGGGGAGGAGGCGGCGCUGAGAGAGCCCCCCAAAGGGGAGCCUCUUGAUUGGAGAGCACUGGUCCUCUUUGCAAGACUGGGAGACUCCAGUGGAGGGAUCCAGGAGGAAGAGGAGGACCCCCCUCCCCUUGCUCCCAUCCCAUCAGAGCCCUCCUCCCAGUCUCACUCCACUUUGGAGUUGUGCCCCCUUCUUCCCCACUCUGAACUUCCUUUGGACUUGCCUGCAGCUCUGCCUUUGGGACUUCCAUCCUCCUCAUCCCUCUUCCUGGGCUACUGUCUCUUUAAGUAAUCUCUCCUCAUUGAGAGAGAGGCAACUAUUUGGGGGAGUUCAAAGCCAUGGCUGUGAAAGGGGCAACCACCCACACUGGGGUCUUGCUGGUGACAGCCAACGUGGGGUCCUUGUUUGAUGAUCCAGAAAAUUUACAGAAGAAUUGGCUUCGGGAAUUUUACAAGAUUGUUCAUGCGCACAAGCCACAUUUUAUGGCAUUACACUGUCAAGAGUUUGGUGGGAAAAACUAUGAAGCAUCCAUGUCUCAUGUGGACAAAUUUGUUAAAGAAUUGUUAUCAAGUGAUGCAAUGAAAGACUACAACAGAGCCCGGGUUUACCUGGAUGAGAAUUUCAAGUCACAGGAACACUUUACGGCACUAGGAAGUUUUUAUUUUCUACAUGAAUCCUUGAAAAAUAUUUACCAGUUUGAUUUUAAAGCUAAGAAGUAUAAAAAAGUUACGGGGAAAGAAAUCUAUUCAGAUACGUUAGAAAGUACACCUAUGUUGGAAAAAGAAAAGUUCCCACUGGAUUAUUUCCCAGAGUGCAAAUGGUCCAGAAAAGGAUUCAUACGAACGAGGUGGUGUAUUACUGACUGUGCCUUUGACUUGGUAAACAUUCAUCUUUUCCAUGAUGCUUCCAAUUUAGUUGCUUGGGAAACAAGCCCAUCGCUUUACUCAGGAAUAAGGCAUAAGGCCCUUGGUUAUGUACUUGACAGAAUUAUAGAUCAGCGGUUUGAGAGAGUUUCGUAUUUUGUCUUUGGAGAUUUCAACUUUCGACUGGAUGCAAAGUCAGUUGUAGAGACACUUUGUACAAAGGCUACAAUGCAGACGAUUCGGGCUGCAGACACUAAUGAAGUAGUCAAGCUAAUAUUCCGUGAAUCUGAUAAUGACCGAAAGGUUAUGCUACAAUUAGAAAAGAAACUCUUUGACUAUUUUAACCAAGACGUUUUUAGGGAUAAUAAUGGCACUGCGCUUUUGGAAUUUGACAAGGAGCUGUCAGUCUUUAAAGACAAAUUAUAUGAACUGGACAUUUCAUUUCCUCCCAGCUAUCCAUAUAGUGAGGAUUAUAGCCAGGGGAUGCAGUACAUGAACACUAGAUGUCCAGCUUGGUGCGACAGGAUCCUUAUGUCACAUUCUGCCAAAGAGCUUGUUCUAAAGUCAGAAAAUGAAGAGAGGCAAGUGGUAUAUGAUCACAUUGGACCAAACGUCUGCAUGGGGGACCACAAGCCCGUGUUCCUGUCCUUCCGAAUAGCCGCGGGGGCAGGUAAACCUAUUGCCAAUGUACACAAGUGUUGUCUCGUGCAGUGAUGUGGUGGGAAAAGGUGCCUCCGCCACGAAAAGAUCUGCCGGGAAAGCGCUUCAUAGCGAGGAAGAGGAAGAAGUAGAUGAAGGCCUGGUGGUCUGUUCUCUUGCUUCGCCACCCUCGUCCUCCCGUCGCAUCCUUGCGUGCCAUGUUGUUGGUUUUAUUGUUGUCACUGUUCUUGUUAUUCCUGUUAUUAUUGUUGUUAUUAUUAUUAAUUUUUAGGCUGUUAAUCAUACACUAUUUUUCUGCGUCUGGGCUAUUUUGUUUGAAUUUUCUACUUGGUCCCUGGAAAGGAAGACAAAAGAAAACAAGAAGAGAGAAAGAAACUUUCAUACCUCACCGUCUCGUCUAUCUUGUGACAUCCAAUAUGGACUUUUUAUUUUUAUAUGGAGAUGCGUAUAUUCUAUGGUUGCCAAAUAUAUAUAUACCUUGCCACUCCCCAAACCCACUAGUUCUCUGUUUCCGAGACUUCACUCGUCUGUCAAUGUGAAAGCCUAUAUAAUCUUCGAGAUUUAGGACUCUUUUCGUCCCCCUUUCUCCAGCUUCAUGCCAAGUUGCGCGUUUUGUACAUUGCCUUGUAUAGAAGUUGCGCUGUGAUCACUUGUAUGUUGACCGAGUUUUAUGGUUCAUGGGAAGGGGGGGUUGAAUUAUUAUUUUUUUCAUUUUUAUAGACUUUUUUGUUUUAUUUUUUUUCCAUGUUAUGUACUCUACUGCCAUGUUCGAUGGUUUUUUGAAUCACACGACCGCAGCUGCUUUCUAUCCGUGUAUAUAUUUAUAUAUUUGUAUGUGAGUGUGUAUAGAGAUCUCUAUAUAUAUACACAGAUAUAGAAAAUAAUUUAUAAUGAUACGCCGUUUGUCUUUCCUGCUCCGAAAAGAGAAAAGUCUCCCACUGGUAAAUUGUUGUUUGUAUCCACUACCACCACUGCUUACUUUCCAUUGCAUCCCAGUUCCUCAGUGGUUAAAUCCUACACAUUUCUUGGGUGUAUUUACACUGCAGAGUGAAUGCAGUUUGACACCACUUGGUUCAAUGCUAUGGACUUGUGGGAAUUAUCUUUGGUGAGGCACCAAAAGCCUAAGGACUUUGUGAAAUUACAACUCCCAGGAUUCUAUAUCAUUGAGCCAGGGCAGUUCAAGUGGCAUCAAACUGCAUUUAUUCUACAGUAUAGAUGCAGCCCAGGCCAACAUGACUGAAGAUCAAGGUCUUUUCACUUAAUCCAUUUAUAGCGCUCUGAUUCCACUUUUAACUGCUAUGAAAUCUUGAGAUCUGUAGUUUGGCGAGGUGCUAGAGCUCUCCAGCUGAGAAUUGUAAAUGUAUGUGCCUUCAGGUGAUCUGAUUUAUGGCAAUCCAGUGAUAUUCAUGGGGUUUUCACAAGCAAGGAAUACUCAGAGGUAGCUUGUCCAUCCUCCGCACUUGGUAUUUGUUGGUGGUCUUCCAUCCAAGUGCUAUCCAAGGAUGGUCCUGCUUCGUUUCCAAUAUCAAACAGGGAUCUGCUGCAUUUGGACAUUAACAUCCCUCCCCAAAUUAUCAAUCCCAAGAAUCCAUCAAAGCAGUUAAAAGUGGAAUGAUAGUACUAUAACCGGUAUUUAUCGCACUAUGCUAUACUGUAUAUAUAAUACACUGCUUUUGUUGUCAUGGCUGUACGCUAUGGAAUAAUGAGGUUUGUAGUUUGGUGAGGCACCCGUGCUCUUUGGCAAAGAACAUGAAAGGCCUUGUAAAACUACAAGUUCCAGGAUUCCAGAGCAUUGAGCCAGGGCAGUGCAAGUGGUGUCAAACUGCAUUCCUUCUACAGUGUAGACUAAACACACCCUACUGCGAAGGGGCCCUAGAUGGUUUUCUAGGAUUUGGGCCUGAGCACACCUGGGAAUGGAGAUUCAGGGCUUCCAAGACAGAGGGAACCCGAGUGCCAAAGCGACCGCUUCCACCCUUGAAUUUGGAAAUGCUACCUUCAGGGACUGCAAUGUCCAGAAUCCCUAGCCAGUAUUCUGGGAGCUGUAGUUUCCAAAAUAAAGAUCCCAUGCCCCGCUGUCCCUGGUGUAUAUAUCCCAACCAGAACCCCAUUCGCCUUCUGCAGUCACUUAUUUCAGCAGCAGAUUUGGGUGCCAUGAAAACAACAACAUCCAUCCGAACACGGAAUGGGGUCCCAGAGAGAGAAAAGUCCCGUGUCGGUGGCACAUUUUGGCAGUAGCUUCAACAUUGGAAGGAGGGAAUCCAGUGGUUUGUAAAUCUGGAUGGCUAAUUGGUAGUUUUCCCUUUCCAACAUUUCAAAAAAAAAAAACCUCCCUCCAGAACCAACAACCCCUGCAGCAUUAAAAAGUGUGUUGUUGUCGAUGAAACACAAAUACGGAGGGCUUUAUUGAUUAUUGAUUGAAAAACACUAUGGGCUUCAGGAGCCAAGGGAUGGAACCAUGUUUGCGGAAAGUUUUUUAAAAAAUGUAAUAAUUUGAGGAACUCCAACAAUUUGGUAAUCGAUGGGACUGUGAGUCUGCUCCAGAUUUUAGUCUGAACUUUAGAGACUGGGGGCACAUCUGUAAAAAUAAUGCAGUCUGACACCUCUUUAACUGCAAUGGUUAUGGAAUCCACCGAGUUGCAGUUUGGUGAGGCACCAGCACUCCAGUGGAGAAGGCUCAAGACCUUACAAAACUACAACUCCCAGGACUCCAUAGCACUGAGCCGUGACAGGGAAAGUGGUGACAAACUGCAUUAAAUCUACAGUGUUGGUGCACCUGGGGGAAGCCUUGAAAUAAUGUCUACUCACCCCUCAGAGAUUUUACAAAGGAAAGGGGUCUUGGGAGAAAAAGUUUGCCUUUUGCGUGUUCACUUGGAAAUGAGCAUUUUGGUUCUCAAGCAAUAAAACCGAUCCUGGUGAAAA